AUGUGGGAUCCAAGCCGUUUGCUGGGAAGCAAGCCAGAUUUCUGUGCACAAGCGGGAGUGCCGAGGAAGGCACAAAAGCGCAAGACGCUCGGUGAAGAUGUUGUCGUCGACAGCGGCGAGGAGCGCUGCGAGCAGUUGUUUGUUCCAGAAAGAAAGGGACAAAAGAGAGGAGACAGGACGCAACCUUGGCAACAUCAAAUGGCCCGGCGCCUGGUACAAGCAGAUGGCGUGUGGUUGAAUUGUGCUGCUUGGUCGCCGAUGAGAUAA